CACACUCGCAUGCGCUUUUCAUGUGCAAUGCUUCACAAAGUUAAGAGCUGUAACGGGACUGGUGUGACACGCAGACUAGUUCUACCUCCAGUGUGCAAAAGUAACGCUCGUCGCUGGAGUAUUCUGGGUUAUUAUCAUCGACUUUCUUUGGGAAAUCUGCGCCAUGUCUCCGAGACGCAUCGCAUGGAUUGCGCUGCCAACGCGCUGAUGUCUCUCUCUGAACUCUGACUGAAGCAUAGUGAAGCGUAAUUGACUCUUCGAAAAGUAGCCCUACUUGUCUGUUAAGUAGCCUAUUUCCGUCCUGUGGUCCGUGCACCUGUGAAUUCAUUUAAUGUUAGACCUACAAGAAGAUUGGGGAAGCAUUACUUGGCGCAAAAGGACUCCCCUUGGCGUGAUGGGUUCGUUUAGGCGUCCGCGCCCCCGCUUCAUGAGUUCGCCUGUGCUGACGGACCUCGCCCGAUUCCACGCCAGCUCGCCCGCACUACAGCUGUCCAACGCCAGCGUGUGGAACAGUGUCCAAUCCGCCGUGAUGAAAGUGUUUCAAGGAGUCAGUUUGCAAGCGAAUGAACUCUUCACCCUCAACGAGAGCAUAAGGUGGCUUUUGAAAACAGAACUUGGCUCUUUCAUCACAGAAUACUUCCAGAAUCAACUUCUGAACAAAGGCCUUAUGUAUAUUCUGGAAAAAAUUCAGUUAUAUGAUGGUGACGAUCAGCUGCUCAUCCUGUCAGAGAUGUGGACCAGGUUCUUCACAGAGACACUUCCCACCCUGCAGGCGAUAUUCUACCCCGUGCAGGGUCAGGAGCUGACGGUCAGGCAGAUGACCUUGCUUGGCUUCAGGGACCAGGUUCUCUUGAAGCUUCACCUGGAGAUGCUGCUGCCCAAAGCUCCUCUGCCCCACCCCGCUGCCAUCACACAGAUGCUGCUCAUACUUCAGGGCGUCCAUGAGCCCAACGGGCCGACUGAGCAGUACUGUCUGCUGGAGAGGCUAGUGGCCGUGGUCAUCUCCCCUUACCUGGGAAACUAUGUCAACUGGAGCAAAAACGGACCUCCUUCAGAGUGCAGCCUGACAUCCUCCUCCAGACCACUGUACGGGCAGCCAGAGAUCAUGAUCACCCAGUUCCUGGCGGACCCUCUGGCCCCCCUGGUGGAGCAGGAUGGCGAGGCCUACCUGGAGAAGGCCGGAGGCAUCCGGCGUCACACGGUCGCCAACGCACACUCGGACAUUCAGCUGCUCAACCAGCAGGCCAACAGGAUGCAUUCUGGGACGGGGGAGAGCGUGUGCAGUAUGACGGGCAAGACCUUCUCCAGCGAGCCCGACAUCCUGGAGUCUCCGGGUGGUGUGUUGUCAAGGCGGCAGAGCUCAUCUGACCUCAUGUGUGCGCCCCCCAGCUAGCACUGGCCCUGGCAAUGCCCCUUAUGCUCCUUGAAAUGCCCCCUCUGAUCUGGGAAUUGUUCUACUGAAACAGGCUGCACAACAAAACACAAUGUUCCUUGACUGACAGUGGAGUGGAGUGGAUGAUUCCCAUCUGUAGGUUUUGCAAGUUUUAUAGAAGGGGAACAUUUCACGCUCCCAGUAUGGACUCAAAUGGGAUUGGUCGAUCGGAAGGUUCUCUAAUCUCCGAGAGACAAGGAGGAUGGGGCACCUCCCCAGCGCAGUCCGUCUGCCCUUCCCUCUCCUUCCUUGCCCUCCGCCAUGAAAGUGCCACUGGCCGGCAGAACUCCAGCAGUCCUGCUGAGUCUCAUCCCGCUGGUCUGCAAAGACUGUUUAGUGUUAACACAGACCUUACACGACCUCUGAGGUGCCAGGGAUUAAGGGUUUUUCAACGUGUCUACUGCAAGUGGAGAGGUUUGUCUUGUCACUUUCUGUUAGUUGCGUCUCUGCAGAAAGUCUUCGUGUUGCACAUUUAAUGAAUUAAUAUGUUUGUUAAUUAAUGAAUUGAUGGAUGAACAGGGGAGAUGAAUUUAAGCAAUUCUGUGCUCAUAACUUAAUAGAAGUGAAGCUUUGGUACAAAAUAUCAAUGUUUAGUACUGUAGAUUUCUAAUGUUUUUAUUUUCAUUAUGUCAAUACAUUUUUCAAUAAAAAUGUUUUCAUGUGAGAGUAAAUGAA